AUGGCCGCCUUUAACUCCGGUGCUAACGCCUCCUCGCCUUCAAUUGUUCUCCUCGACUAUAAAAAGCUCCUCCCCAUCAAGCCGUCGCCACGGUUAACAACUACCCAGUCGCUCCACCACCCUCCUCCGUCAAUUUCGAAGAACCAGAAAUCUCUUCGAAUCCCAUCUUUUCUUCUAUCUGAGCUUGUAAACAAGCAAGCAUGCUUUGCUGGAGACUCUGAGCUUCAACAGCUCCUCCAUAUUUUCAGGUUGCUGAGAUUCUUUACUGGAGUUGGUGCUGAUGUUGAUACAAAGAGCAUUGAGCUUCUUUUGAAAGAAGUGACUGGUAAAGACAUCACCGAGCUGAUUGCUUCCGGUAGGGAGAAGUUGGCCUCUGUGCCAUCUGGUGGCGGUGUGGCGUUGCGGCUUCUUCUCCAUCCAGCGGUGGUGGUGCUUCCUCUGCUCCUGCAGCUGCAGAGAAGAAAGAAUCCAAGAAGAGAGAGAAAGAAGAGUGAUGAUGACAUGAGAUUGAGUCUCUCCGAGUAG